GGGAAGGUCAUGGCGGAACCCGCGGCACGACACCUGUCGCUGCCCUCAGGGCUGCUGGAGUUGUGCGCGCUGCUGGGCGCCUCUCAAGACAGCCUCCGCGGCUUGGAGCAGAUCGCCCAAAAACGAGGAGUGAAGAGCGCCUCUUCCCUUGUCCCCGAAGUUCUGUCCGUUUUUGUACCUCCUUUCACCACUAAAGAGGAUGGCCAGCUUCCGGGGGCCAACUGUUCUCUCAGCAAAGGCAGGAGACGUUCCUUCCGGAAGAAGAGAGAGAAAUCCAGGAUGGAGCCCUGGAAGAGCCACCCUGGAGACUCAAAGGGGCCCGAUUUCGAGGAUGUCACCAUCCCAGGAGGUGUGGACCUCCUUGCCCUGCCCCAGCUGUGCUUCCCAGGGGGUGUGUGUGUGGCUUCAGAACCCAAAGAGGAUUACAUCCAUUUCCUGGUUCUCACAGAUGUCUGUGGGAAUAGAACCUAUGGUGUGGUUGCUCAGUACUAUCGGCCCCUGCAUGAUGAAUAUUGUUUCUACAAUGGCAAGAGCCACUGGGAGCCCAGCGUGCGCACAGCUAGGCGCUUUGUGCCCUUUGCAGUAUGUGUGGUGUCCCGGUUCCCAUACUAUAAUUCCCUCAAGGACUGCCUCUCCUGUUUAUUGACUCACCUGAAGAUCUGUAAAGAUUUUGAUGUUGACAAUCACAUAAAGGAUUUUGCUGCACGACUGUCGUUAAUACCUAGUCCACCACCUGGGCCGCUCCACUUGAUAUUUAACGUGAAGCCGCUGCAGGUCGUGUUUCCCUCUCGAGUGGACCCUGAGAGCCCCAUCAUCGACUUGGACCUCCACCUGCCUCUGCUGUGCUUCCGGCCUGAGAAAGUGUUGCAGAUCCUGACCUGUAUCUUGACGGAACAGCGCAUCGUGUUCUUCUCCUCAGACUGGGCCCUGCUGACGCUCAUGGCCGAGUGCUUCGUGGCCUACCUCCACCCCCUGCAGUGGCAGCACACCUUUGUGCCCAUCCUGUCGGGUCAGAUGCUGGACUUCGUCAUGGCUCCCACGUCUUUCCUCAUGGGUUGUCAUCUCGACCACUUUGAAGAAGUCAGAAAGGAAGCUGAUGGUUUGGUCCUGAUAGACAUUGACCACGGGAGUGUCACCUGCUCCAAGUCUUCUGACGACAACAUAGACAUCCCCAAUGUCCCCCUUCUGCUGGCACAGACCUUCAUUCAGAGAGUCCAGAGCCUCCAGCUGCACCCAGAUUUACACUUCGCCCACCUGAGCACCAGCACAGACUUGAAUGAGGGCCGAGCCCGCCACCGAGCCUGGCAGCAGACUCUCAACUGCAAGAUCCAGCACAUCACUCUACAGCUGCUCGUUGGCAUCUUCAGGGAAGUGAAGAAUCACUUGAAUUAUGAGCACCGGGUCUUCAACAGCGAAGAGUUUCUCAAGACCAGAGCGGCAGGGGACCAGCAGUUUUAUAAGCAGGUGUUGGAUACCUACAUGUUCCACUCCUUUCUGAAGGCCCGGCUCAACGGCAGGAUGGAUGCCUUUGCUCGGAUGGACCUCGACACUCAGUCUGAGGAGGACAGGAUAGACAGGAUGCUGAUAAGUCCAAGGAGACCUACUGUGGAGAAGAUGGCCUCUAGGAAGGCCUCACCCCUGCACACCACCCACAGGCGCAUGGUGGUCAGCAUGCCCAACCUGCAGGACAUCUCCCUGCCCGAGCUGCCACCCAGGAACUCAUCGCUUCGGAUAAUGGACACCUCAAGCUGCAAAAGUAGCAGUCCAGUUCUCAAAGUGACCCCUAAGUCAACAUAUACAUUCAAGAUCCCUGAGAUCCACUUCCCACUGAUGAGUGAGUGUGUUCAGGCGUACUACACAGACCUCGUCACUCUUCUGAGCAAGGCCAUGGCCCUGUUGGGUCCUGGUGACUCUCUGCUCCUAGCCAGGUACUUCUACCUGCGUGGUCUUAUCCAUUUGAUGCAGGGACAACUGCUGAGUGCCCUCUUGGAUUUCCAGAACCUGUAUAAGACCGACAUAGGGAUCUUCCCAGCUGAUCUUGUCAAGAGAAUGGUGGAAUCCAUGUCAGCCUCUGAGCGGGCCCAGGCUGAGCGGACACCUGAGCUAAGGCGGCUCAUCACAGAGGUCUUUGAUAAGCAUGGAGAGGCCCCCAAGGCAGACGACGCUGUGAAGAACUUCGAACUGCCCAAGAAACACAUGCAACUCAAUGACUUUGUGAAGCGGGUCCAGGAGUCAGGGAUUGUGAAGGACGCCGUCAUCAUCCACCGCCUGUUUGACGCACUAACCUACGAACGUGAGAAACUGAUUGACCCUGAGACAUUCAGAGAUUUUUACACCUGCUGGAAGGAGACAGAGGCAGAGGCACAAGAGGUCAGCCUGCCUGCCCUGCUUAUGGACCAUCUGGAUAAGAAUGAGUGUGUCUACAAGCUGUCGAGCUCCGUGAAGACCAAUCGUGGAGUUGGCAAGAUUGCCAUGACCCAGAAACGCCUGUUCUUGCUCCCUGAGGGGCGGCCGGGCUAUGUGGAGAUCGCCACCUUCAGGAACAUAGAGGAAGUCAGAACCACCACCGUGGCAUUUCUCCUCCUGAAGAUACCCACCUUAAAGAUCAAGACGGUGGCCAAGAAGGAAGUCUUUGAGGCCAACCUCAAGUCUGAGUGUGACCUCUGGGACCUCAUGGUGAAGGAGAUGUGGGCUGGAAAGAAGCUGGCAGAUGACCACAAGGACCCGCAGUACGUCCAGCAAGCACUCACCAAUGUCCUGCUUAUGGAUGCCGUGGUUGGCACGCUGCAGUCACCUCACGCCAUCCGCGCCGCCUCCAUCCUGGCCUACUUUAAAACCAUGAAGAAUGAACUGCCCAUGGCUGUCCCAAAGACAACCUCGGAGACCCUAAAACACAAGAUUAACCCCUCAGCUGGAGAGACGGCUCCCCAAGGCAUUGAAGUCUUGCUGUAUACUCCAGGGCGCCUGGAUCCUGCAGAGAAGGUUGAAGAUGCACACCCCAAGUUGUGGUGUGCUCUGAAUGAAGGCAAAGUGGUCGUGUUUGAUGCUUCCUCUUGGACCGUCCACCAGCACUGCUUUAAAGUGGGUGCCUCUAAAGUGAACUGUAUGGUGAUGGCAGAGCACAGCCAGGUGUGGGUGGGCUCCGAGGAUUCCGUCAUCUACAUCAUCAAUAUCCACAGCAUGUCCUGCAACAAACAGCUCACGGAUCACCGUUCUCCGGUCACUGGCUUGGCCGUGCACAGAGGAAAGAAGCCCAGCCAGGUCUACUCCUGUAGUCUGGAUGGAACGGUCUUGGCGUGGAAUGUCAGCACACUUCGAGUGAUCAGCCAGUUCCGGCUGCCAUACGAUGGCCUCAUGUCCAUUAGCCUGCACAAUGACUGCGUGUGGUGUUGUACAGUCCACAAGAUCCUGGUGAGGACACCGCAGGGUUUUGUUGAGCUGAAGACCAAACAUCCCAAUGAGAAAUCUUCCUUCCUGACCUUCCAACUUCUGCCUGAGGAGCAGCAGCUGUGGGCGGCCUCUACAGGGGUCAGUGAGCUGUAUAUCUGGAGCCUGAAGGAUCUGGACCAGCCUCCUCAGAAGACUCCAUUACAAGACUGCACCGAGGUCACCUGUAUGAUCCGAGUGAAGAGGCAGAUCUGGGUGGGCGGCAGGGGGCUGUCUCAGGGAAAAACCAGAGGGAAGAUCUACGUUAUGGACGUGGAGAAGGUGACGGUGGAAAAGGAGCUGGUGGCACACUCGGACACUGUGAGGACCCUGUGUUCUGCUGAGGACCGAUAUGUAUUGAGUGGAGCAGGCCAGGAGGAGGGAAAGAUCGCCAUCUGGAAAGUUGAGUAAACGCUCUGCACUGAGCCUGUGAGAGGACACCUCCCGACCCACCGCUGUGUCAGUGGCUUGCUGGGUGGGGCCUGUCUGUUCCAGGGGCCUUCACCUCCUUGGGUGAGCAGCUACAUCCCAUUGCUGAUAACCUCCACUGUAAAGUUACCUCAUGUUACCUAGAAACUUCCAGAAUCCACACCUGGGAGCCAGCACCUCAGCUGCCAACCUAGCUGAAUCGCAUGUGACCUGUGGGCCUCAAGUCUGGCCUCUCCUCUGCAUUUGCUGUUUACUCUGCAAACACUUGGGCUCAGUGGUGUGGCAAUGACUGCUAUGUCAGUCAGCCACAGAGCCUAUCAGGACUCCACUCACUUCCUGAUUCCAGAGAGGCUUGCACUGGGCAGGUGAUUCCCCCUUCAGGGAAGGUGACCAAGGCCUGCCCCAGGGAGGGGACAGGACUGGUCAGGUUUGUCUGUUUAGAAACUGGGCAGCUGAGCAGCUCUGUCUUACCAUUAAAGUUUUAAUGAAGACAUCAAUGACUACAGGCAGGAAGCUCGUCCCGGAAGUAUACUCAUGAGUGACCGCGUCACUGGCUCGUGGUACAGCUGCACUUUGUGUGUCUCCUGCAUGUGUGUUCACAGCGCCUCUCUAUUGAACUGUACAUAGCUAUCUGCACGGAGGCUUGUGAAUGUAUUUACCAUACUGGCCCAAUUUCAUCCUAGAAAUGUUCUGUGAGGUGGGUUUCAAUCUGGAUGUUUCAGUAUGGAUGCUGGGCCGGAGGAUACGCCCUAUCUCCUGUGAAUCCUCCUGUGAGUUCUGCUUGGAGCCCUCUGGGUCCCCUGCCUUGGGUUUUCAAGACUCCAUGUCCACCAUUGGAGAGGCAGUCACUGAGUUACCAAUGGUCUAUGCCGGUCUCUAAGAUCAGGCCAGGGUCCAGAGGCACUUGAGCUCAUGCGUGUGAAGACCCAGGCCUGGAGCAUCUGUGCCACUGCCUGCUGGCUCCCUUGAACAUAGUGCAGAGGGUCUCUCUCAGAGCCACAUCCCUCCCCUGGAGUCUGUGCUCCCUGAGGGGUGUUCCAUAUGUCCAGAAGGACAAUGUGGCCAGCAGCCAAGGGCACAGGUUCAAACUGUCUUUGUAAAAGUCGAUCAUAAAUGCAUUCUAAGUUAUUUAAUGCCAGUCCGUGUAUGACCAGGUGUUUACAACU